UCAACGGGGUCUGUAUCUAUCCUUUGAUUGGGCGUGAAUAUCUAGCCAAUUCCCAAUAGUAUAUGAACUUGACAUAUGAUGUAUGUAGUUUCUGUACGUUUGUUUGCAGUCCCAUAUCAUGUCRAGUUCUCAGUGAGCUAAAUGUAUGACAAACCAAAGGUGCAAUUAAUAGAAACACAAAAAAAUAAAGUGAAGAUGAAAUGGGACCAUUUAUUAACCAGAGGGAGGGAGAGAUUUUAACAAUCAAAUACUGUGUGACAAGCAGCAGUGGUAGACACGUUUGUGUUUUUUUGAGAAUGAAUCGCACGGAAUCGAGGAAAAAACAUGCAAACAAAGCUGCAGCUAGUGUUACUGCCAGUCGCAAAAGCAGUCACAGUUUUGGGAGCCGCAGAACGAUUGGUGCCAAUUCCCGUAGUAACUUAUUUGCUUCAACAAGCCGUAAGAGUGUCGUGAUUGAUUCAAGCCGACCUGAUAAAUCGCAUUCCAAGCCACUUGUUCAGGUUUUUGAUGACUUUGGCCAAGAUGUGACACCAAGAAGUCUCCUGGCAGUUGAUCCAACUGUAAAGCGAAAUCAAAGCCAUACAUUCUUUGAUCCUAGUUCAUCGAUAGCAACUCCCUCAGAAGUUAGUCAAUCAUUCUAUGCUGCCAGUACAGCCAGUAUGUAUGGAGGCUUCUCAAGAUCUGUGUUUGGUUCAGUAUCUGGAAGAUCAUCUCCAGAAUCAAUCAGUGAGGAGUUAGCUGAACCAAGUAGUUACCAUGACAAGUUCUCAUCUAGUAUUGCAGAAAUACGCACACAACCAACUUUUAUGAAGGAAGAACUGACAGAGGAAGAUCUUGAGAAACAAGUUCAUUUGACACUAACGGAGACAGACACCAUAUGGCUAUUGGAUCUGCCAGGAACAUAUGUUGCAGAAGAUCAUGAAUUUGCAAUAGAAGAGAAAGAAAAAAUACAGAAAUAUGAAGAGUUACUUAAGAACCGUGCAGGGAAUGACAUGUAUGUAGAAAGAGGCAUGCAGACGUUUAAUGACGCACCAAAAAGCAAGGAAGUACAGACAUCCAAGGUGGAACUUUUUGAUGUGGGUUGCAUGGCAACGACAUGGGACAUGUAUGACACUCUCACCAGUCAAGCCACAGGAGCAGAAGCUGACAAAAUUGAUUCAUAUGAAAAGCUUGAAAGCUUGAGUAGACCAGCAAGUGGGGAGCGAGCAAGUAGCUAUGGUGACAGUGAUAGUGUGGGCACAGGAUCUAUUAGACCAGCUAGUGCUGCUUCUGAAAGUGUAACAGGGAGUAGAGCCAGUAUGUUUACCAUGAAAAGUGCUUCCCUGGAAGAAAUGCCAGCUGGUGAAGAAAAGGAUAGUGACAAGAAUGCAGAAGAAAUCGCAGAUGCGAUAAAGGAGCGCAUUCUUGGAUCUGAUAGUAUGAAGAGCAAUCUUUUCCUGAUGGAGAGAGCCAUCGCACAGAACAUUUACCAGCCUCGUCAGGCGCAGUACAGAGCUCUGGAUGUUGUUAAAGACAUCGAUGCAGAGAAGGAAGAAGAAAGUGCUUCAGUUACUUUAGCAGAGCUUGGACCAAGACUUAACAAGUUGUGGUCGUAUUCAUGUAGUCUAACCAAGGGUAAUAAUGUUAGCUGUAUGGCAUGGAACAAGAAAAACCUGGACAUACUUGCUGUUGGGUAUGGCGAGUUUUCAUAUUCAGGACAAAAGGGUGGUCUCGCUUGUUGCUGGAGCAUCAAGAAUCCUGAGUAUCCUGAGAGAGUGUUUCACGUCAACAGUGGUGUUACUGCUCUAGACUUCUCGGCAGCACAUCCUAACUUGUUAGCAGUUGGCUUGUAUGACGGCACAAUAGCAAUAUAUAAUGUUCGCAGUCCAGAAGACUCGCCAGCUCUAGACAGUUUUGAGUCUCAAGGUAAGCACACCUCACCAGUAUGGCAGCUACAGUGGGUUGAUCGUGAUCAUGGGACCGGUGAAGAGAUUGAUGAGAUCCUGGUAUCGAUAUCUGCUGAUGGAAGGGUCACUAAAUGGUCUAUCAGGAAAGGUUUCGAAUGCGCAGACUUGAUCAAGCUCAAGAGAAUAAAUGUGACGAAGCAAACGACUAAGGGGGGAGGGGCUGGCGGAACUACUGGACGCAAGAGCGACGCUCUCAUUUCAAGGUUUUCUGCUGGCUUUUGCUUUGAUUUUAACCCAAAGGAUUCGAAUAUAUACUUGGCUGGGACAGAGGAAGGGCAUGUUCAUAAAUGUUCGUGUUCAUAUAACGAACAGUUCCUGGAAAGCUUUCUUGGACACACGGGCCCUAUUUAUAAAGUAAGGUGGUCGCCAUUGUGUGAUGAUGCUUUUAUAACGUGCAGUGCUGAUUGGAGUAUUAGACUGUGGCACCAGGACAAGACACAGUCAGUUAUGACUUUCUUAUCAUCCACGAAAUCCGUCAACGAUAUCUGCUGGUCACCAGUUUGCGCUACUUUAUUUGCCUGUGUCACUGAUCGAGCUAUAGAGAUCUGGGACCUAAAGGCUAACAUUCUAGAUCCUAUCAUUUCGUACGUUCCUGUGCAGAACUUCAAGCUUUCAAACGUGAUUUUCUCUCUUAACACAUCGAUCCAAACCAUUUUAGUGGGUGAUUCAGAAGGUCAGGUUACUGUCUAUCAACUCUUGGGUACAUCUCAGGGCACAGAUAGCGAGGUGUCUUUCCUUCGUAAGCUGUUAACGUUCAUCAAUCAGUCAUCCCCACCAACCAAGCAAAACGAAGAAGAACAAGUGGAUGAUGGAUUUGAUUAAUCGCCAAAGUCCCUCCCUUGAACUGCUGUUCUGUGCGAUGUAUAACACAGACACAAAGAUGUUUCAAACGUAUUGGAAUGUUAUUUUCAACCAUUGACUAGUAAAUUCUAUAGUUAUUUAUUAAAAAAACUCUUUCAAAAAGGAAAAAAGAAUGAAAGAAUUAACAAUUUUAAGUCUUGUAAUUAUUAGCAUUUGCGGGUCUURGACUGUUAGGCAGUUGACUGUAUUAUACUUGUAUAUCUGAAUUUUUCGAAUUAUAAUAUAAAACAUAAAAAACAAUA